AUGGACGGAGAACCGUUCAUAGCAGACGUCAGGGUGAACGGCACAGACUUUGUGCCAUCUCUUGUCGACUAUGGCUGCCUCUGCUACGGCGCGGUUAGCAAGCGCACAUUUCACUCUCUCCAGUUGCCACAUAUACGCGUCCAGCCGCGCAUCUUGGAGAAUGCAGCGGGAGACGGCAAGGAGGUCAAAAUCGACAAGAUCACGUAUGUGUCGAUCGACCUCGAUGGACAUCAGCAGCAUCGUGUUUUCAUGUACGUCAUCGACGAUCUUAACUGGGACAUGAUCCUGGGUAAACGAUGGAUGGAAGACCAGGAUGUUCACAUCCACGCAAAGGAAGGAUAUCUCGAGAUCGGGUCCAGUGGAGUUCAAUACCACAAGUGGUCUCGAGCUUUCUCUCAGCAACUGGCCGACCAGCUGCCCCCCUCAUCGGCCAGAGUCAGCAGCUCGCCAGCCGCAGCACCAGUCCUUAUGAGGGACCGCUAUCCCUUGCCCUUACUGAGCGAGACCUUGCGAACUAUAGCCAAGGCAAGGUGGUUCACCAAGGUAGAUGUAAUAGCAGCGUUCCAUAAGAUCAGGGUCGCCCCCGCCGACGAAGAAAAGACAGCUUUCAGAACGCGCUAUGGAUCCUUCGAAUGGCUGGUAGUUCCAUUCGGCCUGACAGGCGCACCAGCAGCCUUUCAGCGGUACAUUAACAGCGCGCUCCAGGAUUACCUAGACGAUUUUGUGUCAGCAUAUAUCGACGAUGUCCUGAUCUUCUCCUCUGGAAGCCUGCAAGACCACCGCGACAAAGUCGGCAAGGUCCUCCAACGACUGAUGGAUGCUGGGCUGCAACUGGACAUCAACAAGAGCGAAUUCGAAGUCAAGGCUGUGAAAUACCUUGGGUUUAUCAUCGAGGCGGAGUGUGGGAUCCGAGUCGACCCAGAGAAGGUUGAGGCUGUGAAGGGAUGGGCAACCCCGACGAAUGUUAAAUCCGUGAGGAGUUUCAUCGGAUUCGCGAACUUCUACAGGAUAUUUAUGCCAGACUUCUCGGUGAUAGCUGAGCCGCUAACGCGGCUAACGAAGAAGGACGUGCCAUUCCGUUGGGAUGGAUUGUGCGACGAAGCCUUCGAGAAGCUCAAGGACCUGUUGAUCACGGCCCCGAUCCUUGCACACUUCCAUCCAGAAAGGGAGACUAUCUUGGAAGCAGACGCUUCAGGAUUCGCGUCGGGAGGCGUGCUCUUGCAGAGAGAUGAUAAGGGUGGACUGGUACGACCUGUCGCAUACUUCUCGAAGAAACAUUCGGCAGCCGAAGCGAACUACGCUAUCCAUGACAAGGAGCUACUCGCCAUUCUCAGAUGUUUGGAGCAGUGGGAACCAGAGCUACGGGCAGUAGAGCACUUCAAGAUCCUAACGGACCACAAGAACCUGAGAUACUUCUACUCGGAAAGGAGGUUGACAGAGAGACAAGUGCGGUGGUCGGAGUUCCUGUCCAGGUUCCAAUUCGAACUCGAAUGGAGGCCGGGCCGCAAGGGCGGAUUGCCUGACGCACUCUCGACGGGACCAGGAUAUGCCGGCCAACCACUCUGA